AUGAAAUUGAAGUCAUACGGCGAGAUGAGUCUCCGAUCAGUUCCGGCCGGGCCUCGAUGGAGCUUAAUUAAUGAGUAUUUUCUAUUCUUACUACUUUUCCAACUCAGCGAAAAAGCCAGGCUGCCAUUUUAGGUUUAAUAAAAGAAGAAAGAAAAACAAAUAGAGCAGCCAAUGAGCAACCGCCAGUGUGAGAAGGUUAAACAGAACCUUCCUAUUUCCCAACCUUAACCCUGUGAUGUCCGCUGCUCCUCAGAGAAGACGAAAUUGGGUUCUCAUCAGGAAAACAUGGAAGUAUAAAAGCCUGAUUUUUCCAAGCGACGAUAUAGAACGUGUUGUAGGAGUUAGUCUCAAAUGGACUAAAUAACUCUCUUUUAUAGAACCUCUUAUUUGGGUAACUUUCUGGAGUUAACAGCAAUAGGAGGGAGAAACUGUGUAAAUGGAAAAGAGGCCAGAUAAAAAGGCUAAACAGAUUGAAUCUAUGAAUGAAAAGGAAAGAGAGGUGCUGCUUUGUGGUUUAGAGAUAGAAGGUUCAUCAAAUCACAAAACAUGGAUUCCCUUUGACCUUCUUUUCAAAAUAUUUCUCCUACUCCCAGCUGAUACACUGUGCAGGGUAAGCUGCACCUGCAAAACACUUUUUAACAUGAUCACAAGUCCAAACUUCAUUGAAGCUCACCUUCGUCGCUCUGAGACUGUUCUUCUCACUUUAAGCUCAAAUUACGAGAACCACAACAAAUCUUUGCCUUUUGCACCACAGCAACCCCAUUCCCAAAGUAUUGUAUACUUUUUCCAACUCUGGGAAUUGCAUAGCGGCAAAAGUAGCAAAAUUCCUGUUCAAAACUUGGCCAGAAUAGACUCAGUUUUAGCAUCUUGCGAUGGACUAGUAUUGGCCAAAAUGAAAACGACAAGAGGACUAGUAGUGGUAAACCCAAGCAGUAGGAAGCACUUACGAUAUCCCUUGGGAACGGCCGGUUUCAGACCAGAGUCAUUUGGGUUCAUGCGUCGGGGACAUAUGGGUGAGUAUAAAGUGGUACACUUAUUUCGCGACGAAUACCUCCACGUCAGAUGUGAGAUUCUAAGCCUAUCUACAAGGUCAUGGCAUGCGGUAGAUGGACCGCCUCUAGCUGUCCACCCACACAUCAUUCUUCACCCACCUGUUUCAGCUACUGGAGCAAUGUAUUGGCUACCCGGAAGAUCUCACUGCACUUAUAUUGUCUCUCUGGGAUAUGAUAACGAAAGGUUCCUCAUCAUACCUUUGCCAAUCAUCAGCACCAAGAACGACCGUUUAGUUGAGCUGGGUGGUGGGUUAUUGAGCUUCGUCACUCAUGCUACGAUGCACUUGAUCCAGGUAUGGAUUUUGAGGAGGGAUGGUGGUGACGUAGAGGGCUACUGGAUAAAGCGUUAUAGUAUAAACAGGAACUAUGAUGUUACGGGAAUGGUUCCGAUUUGCACUUCGGGCCGUGAGAUGGUCUUCAGCAGACAGAGGAAAAACUUGUUGCAUGUUUGUGAUCUGGAAAGUGAUGAGAUGAAGGAGGUCACUCUUGACACCGAGAAGAUGAAUGGGGCUGCUGAUAAGCAAGAUGAGAUUGCUGAUGACGAAGAUGAGAUUGCUGAUGAGCAAGAUGAGAUUGGCGGCUUUGACCCUGAAGUGGAUAGUGUCAGCGACUUUACGUCCUACAUUCCUCAUGUCAACUCCCUUGUAUCGCUCCGUACUCGAUAUCAUCAUCAUCAUCAGUAGGAGACAUGUUAUUGUAAUAGUUAUGAAUCCUCCUCUAUGGCUACAGUACUUUAGAGUGCUUAGGGCACCAUUCUCUUUUGAUGUUAAAACAGUUGAUUAAAUAACUUUCAACUAAAAAACUGAGAAAAAGGAUAAGUGGUGUCCAUAUGUAUAAUAACUAUCAUGUAAUGCAACAAUUUCAUAAUGCAUUGUGGCGACUACCUCGUCUGGUUUGCUAACCAUUACACAUGGACACAGUUUUGGACCAGAGCCAUCUGGUCCAGAAUCAGAUCAGAAUUUGUGCGUGUCGACCCAAACUUAUCAUAGUUGAUUCCAUUUCUAGUUUGUUGUAAGCCGUGCAAUCUGAGUUCAUUUCAGAUAUGCUAAUUGUGCACAAGUUACACCAUCCUUGCGAAUUGUCAUGGUGGUAAAUGCUCAUUCAUGAGAGUGGUCAUGGAGAAAUUAACAGGGAGUAUUUGCACCUAUGGUAUAUUUUUGCAGUUCUGCACCUUUCUUUACCUCCCCAUGGAAUCAUGGAUGAUUGUCAUAGUAUAUUAAUAACAUAAACCAUUUGGUUUCCU